AUGGCGACAGACGAGAAUGUCGACACGCUGCUUAGCUUCAUAGACGGCCAGCUCAGUCGCGACGAAGCUCUGCAGCUUCUCAAGAUCAGCGACAACAAUCUUGAAGCCGCGGUAAACAAGUUCUUCGAGACGGGCCCUGCGAAUAUCAACAAGCUCCUGAAGGACGUGGUACCGAGAUGGGACGAGACUGCGUUUGGGGGAGGCCAGAAUGAUGGAGUGCCAACCAGCUUCAACAUAGACUACGGCCCCCACAGCAAUGUCCAGAGCAGAGCACCCACGCGCCCGCCCUCGCGAACGAGCCAGGUCUCUACACACCUUGGCGAUGCGCCCAUGCAGAGUAUAGAGAACACGCAGGAGUCUGGCGUCGUAGGCGGCUCGAAGCCUGCGUUUGGGCCCGCAAACCAGGACUAUUAUCCUGCCGAGACGUGGGCCAUGGUGCCGACGUCGACUGAGGUCAUACCGGAUCCUUCACCGAGCCAACGCAAGCGAGAAGAGGGCCAUCCUGCCAUUCUGAAGCCGUCGCCGAGGUUCAACUAUCUGCCUGCGCUCAUCAGCAUCCUGCACUCGAUACCACUAUUUCGAAAUGCGCUGCUGGCGCCGAACAUCACGCAGAGGAACUACUGGAUGGGCGACGACUGGUGGAAAGGCAGUCCUGCACUGCCUGCCCGUGUCACCGACACGGCCGCCGAGCGCGAAGAGGCACACAGUCUGGAUAUAAUUUACGAGGCACAGCGACUAAUGGCGUUUCUGGACAACUCUGACAGGGCCUAUGCGACAGUAAGCUCGAUGCUGGAACUCGACGCCUGGAAAGAGUCGCGUCCAACUAUGGAAGACGAGGAUGACGAUCUCAUCAAGUUUCUCAUACUCUGGAGUGCCGCCCACGAAGCCCAGGUCCCUGCUGCCCAGCUCAACGGUUUGAUAAGAUCUAUCGUCAAGAUUGGGAAUGAUACCGUGGAAAACUUCGUCCUCGAUGCAUCUGUUGUCAGAGAAGGGACCAAGAAGGACUAUAGCAUCUACGACGUUCUCGAUGAGCAUCUCUUCUCCUCAGCUACGGGAAGCGCACAUCUCUCGGAACCAAGCAAAGUGCUCAUCUUGCGCCUCACGUCUGCGACUACAAAUGCACAAGGCCUGGGCUGCCGCAUUCCCGCCACUCUGUACCCUGAUCGCUAUUUGGAAGCCAACAAACCUGUUAUCGAUGCCAUGUUUGGUGACAUGAAGAAAUACGAGGACGACGUGAAGGAGGUCGAAACUACGAUUCAGAGGCUAAAAUAUCACACACCUAAGAAAGAGAAGGCUAAGAAGGUCGAGACUCUGAAGCUACUCGAAACCAGCAUGAAGGCCUUCAAGCCACAGACCGAGAAUGAGACGCCAGAUCCGAAAGAUGCCAUGGUCCUCUCCCAACUGGAAGCUCUGCACCAAAGCAUCGAGGCCAAACUCGCUGCUCUAGAAGAACAAACCAAGCAAGUUCGCGAGACCCUACACAGCAUAUCCAGCCGCUUCAAGCCCAUCGUCGACGACGGCGCUGAAGCCCUGAUCGACCUGACCGAACCCUCCUACCCCCCAGGCCAAAGUCCCCAAGACGCCAUGCAACACCCCUACCACCUCUGUGGCGUAGCCACGCACUUUGGCGUCAUCUAUCUCCUGCACCCCGAUAACCAAUCGCCCACCCCCGGCGCCCAGCAAUGGUGGCGCAUCCAAUACGACACGGAAACCUCCUCCCCCAGUCUCCGCCGCGACCGCCUCACUCAACAAGAAGUCGUCGAGCGCGCGGCGACCGAAUCCUCCGCUGCCCUUCUCAUCUACGCACACGCCUCUGCUCUAUCCGUCGCGCCCAUUCCGCUGUCCAAACCGCUCGAAGAUUUUGUCAAGAAAGACGCGCUGAACUUCCACGAAGAGUUGCAGACAGAUUGGCAGGAGAUGGACACCGCAGCCAUAGGCGAUUGGGACAAAGAUCCCCCGGACUACGAGUACGAUUGGAAUUCCAUGUCUGCGCAGCAGUGGCAUACGAGUGCGAGGGCGCGGGGGGAUAGUAGUGCCACGCUCACGCCGAAUACGGAACAUGAUGGUGCUGCUGGGGUCAGGGAGAUGGUGGAGGUUAAUGGCGGUAUGGAUGCGAUGAUGGGCGUUGAGUCGAGCAGGAGUAGUAGUACGAUUGAAGGCGAUGCUAUGGAGGUUGAACACGGGACGGCGGUCGUCGCGGAUGAGGGUGCGGGGAGGGAGGGGGACGAGGUGCGGGUGCAGCAUAUUGAGGUUGCGGAGAAGAAGGGCGGGUAA